GUCACUAUUGUCACGCAAAUGGAAUGUCAUUGACCGACUUAUCACACGUAGGGUUUCUAAUUGGAUUAUGGUUAUAACAAAAAGUCGGUUUUCGUGCUAAUUUUGUUAACUGAAAAUAUAAUUAGUCACCAAUAUGUGGCUAGACGAGGCGGACGGCUUUGCCGAGAUUUUUAAGGGCUACUUGCCUUACUAUUUGCUUGUAGCUCUACCUAUUUUUAUCAUUAUGUCCCCUGUGAACCCGGUCGCUGCUUCUCAUGAGUUUUCCGUGUAUAGAAUGCAACACUACGACCUGCACACCGUGCCCCAUGGAUGCCGCAGUGCCAGUUUCAACUUGGAAGGUCGCUCCCUGACAUCAUGGAGCACAUCCCGCCACUGUGUGGUUGCCCGUGUCCAAGACAUCAGCAUUGAACAGUUCAUGGAGAUCCGGAGCAAAGCUGGAGCUUUACUCCUAGUGCUGCCAAAGAAUGACACUGUUUUGACACCUGAGGAGAAAGAGCACAUCCAACUCCUGGAGAUGGCUAUGAUCCAGCAGGAAGUCAACGCACCUGUCUACUUUGCCCGCUGGACUCCAGACUUUGAGGAUAUUCUACGGGACCUGCAGCAUAGCUUCAUCACUGAUGAUAAGUCUGGAACUGCUCUAGAAGCCAUGUUAAACACUGUUUCCUCGAAUGGAUAUCAGAUUGUGGUAUCAGCCUCUACUCCUCAGAAGUUAGACUCCAAGCCGGUGACCCUGCACGGCAAGCUGGCGGGACGCUCGGGCUCCGCGCAGACCAUCGUCAUUGCAGCACACUACGAUUCUUCCGCAGUAGCACCUGAACUAUCUCAAGGCGCGGACUCCAACGCGUCAGGCGCAGUCGCAGUACUAGAGCUAGCUCGUAUCUUCUCCCGGCUGUACUCGACCGCGGCGGUGCGAGGCGGGCCCUCUAUACUAUUCGCGUUAACUUCUAUCGGACACUCCCUCAACUACUUCUCAGCUAAGAAGUGGUUAGAAGAACAGCUUGAUUCUACUGAUGCUUCAUUGCUGCAGGACGUAUCUUUCGUAAUGUGCCUGGACUCCAUAUCAUCAUCUCCAUCUAUGACGAUGCACGUCUCGAAGCCGCCGAAGCCGGGCGGUGCGGCCCACUCCAUCAAGUCGCGGCUGGGAGUCUCCAUCAACCACAAGAAGAUCAACCUCGCUGAUGAGCUACUUGCCUGGCAACACGAACGGUUUAGUAUUAGAAGGAUGACUGCGUUCACGCUUAGCUCUUUGCAGAGCCACAAAGACCCAUCUCGUAGUACAGUCCUAGACACUCCCUCAGAGGCUGCUAUCAGGAACCUAGUCCAGAAUAUAGCGACAACUGCGCGAGCACUCGCCUCACACGUAUACAACCUCACUGAUGAAAUCAAUGAUGAAGACGCCGCUUUGUAUGACGAUGCACUGGGCGUAGACGAAGCGUCUGUGAGACUUUGGUACAAAUAUUUAUCGUCGCAGGCGAGAGCACCACAGAUUGUCACCACAUCACCACCCACUGCUGGUGUGACAGGCGCCCUGGAGCGCGCCCUGUCCCGCUACAUGGACGUGACGGUGAGCGCGCACGCCGUGGACAAGCGCGAGCCGGAGUACACACUGUACGGACCCACCAAGGCAUCGCUGUUCGUAUACAGUGUAAAACCAGCGGUAUUCGACUUGAUACUGACGCUCGCGAUCGUCGCGUACCUCUCGGUCGUUUACUUCGCGAUACAACUGUUCCCGCGCUUCUACGAGGAGUAUGCUAAGCUAGUCACCGGGAAAGCCAAAGUACACUAGUUUAGUUAACGUGGUGUGUACUGUUGAAUCGGUGAGGAAAUGUAUAGGAUGAUGUUUAGGAGUUUUGGGUGUACAGUAUGUUGUUUGAAAACGGUAUCUAUAAAUUUAAAUUUCGGUGUAAAAGAUUGUUUCAUUGAACUAGAGUUGUGUAUAAGCUUGAAUGUGCUGUGGAAAUUGGAGUGUUAAUUUUGUGAUGAGUUAAGUAAUAAAUCGGUAAAAUGAGUGUUAACGCUAGAUACUAUGAAUAACGUAGAGUAGAGGCAUUAGCUAGACUAAAAACUGACUAAAAAAAGGUUCCUAACUUAGAAAGAACAUAAUCUUUUUUGUACAACAGCUUAACUUCAAAACACUUGUUCACCUUUAGGCAUUUAAAUAUGAAUGCUAUAUUAUAAUCAACUAGCGAUGAUCCGCCCCGUCUUCGCAGGGGUGCAAUGCUAAUAUACACUACAGAAUUUCUUUAAAGUUCUUUAUUUAGAUAAGGAUUAUAAAUAGCGUUUUCACAACAUACUGUAUAUAAGUGCGAGACGAUCAGUGUUAUACAUUGACGCCGAAGUAAGCUUCCGAAAUAUUGUUGACUGUACAUUUCAUUGCCACAGCAUUUAAUCUUAAUGAUUAUUAAUGUCAUCCUCAUUGAUAACAUUGCCUCAUAAAACAUGAAAAUGUUAAUAAAAUACACUUUUGCGUACUACCUACUAAUGGUAAAAAGUUUAAUUUUAACCUUUAAUUUUGUUUAUUUCAUAAAACGGUCUAUUCGGAAACUUUUAUUUCGGUUCCAAUUCUAGUUACAUUGGAUUACAUUACUUAAAAGAUGUAACGGUUUAACUAGGCGUAUUUAUCGGGAUUGCCCGACCAGUUUCGGACCCAACCGUAGUCAUUAAUCAUGAGCUGAGAGUUUCGACAGAAUCGGGUCUCGCAAAAUGAUUUAGCAUUCCCAAUGUAUAUGCUUGAGUUGGCCGUUGCGUCAUUUUAGUACGAAUUAUUCGCGAAAUCUAGUUUUCUUAUAUCGGAGAUUCAUAAUAACCUAAGGAAAGUAAAAUAUAUAUUUUUCUGUUAAUAAGUAGGACGUGAAAGUGUAUUUAACGUGAAUAAACUGUUACCACAUCUCUUAAACACACCACAGAGAGUCAAUAUUAGAUUUUUAAGUGUUGAACAAUUUGAUUUACAUAUUAAGUCGUAAGUUUUCACAAAUAAUUUAUAAAAUGGAUUCAUUUUCUUAUUUGUUUUAUUUAUAAAUUUAAAUAAUUAAUAGCAGUCUAUAUUGUUACUUAAUGACUAUAUUAGAAUAUUGUUGAUCAGGUCUUGAAAUAAAUUGGAAUAAUAAUUAAAAUAAGUUUGUCUGAAUGAUCUUGAUUGACAAUAUAUUUAAUAUCUGUUGUCAUUAUCCUCAUAAAUAAAAGAGUUGUUUAUAUUAAAAUAACAUCAAAUUAUCAAGAAAAUUAUAUCAUGAAUAGAGAAUAAGAUUGAAAGCAAUAUUUCCAUGUUUUAUAAAUUAAGAAUAAUUGUGUAUAACUUAUUGAAAAAGUGCAGAUUAUAUCUCAACUUAGUAUUAUUCCGUUUUUUCUUAAUGGUCGCAUUAUGCCAAAUUAUUUUAAAUUAAUUUAUUGUUUCUUUUUAUUCAAAUUUGACAGCUGUCAAGUGUCAAUUCGUGUUUUAUUGCCAGCCUAAUUGAUUUUAUAAUCCCAGUUUAUAUAUUUUAAAGGAAUAAUAUAGUGUUUAAAAGACAAUGCAUGUCCAAAACAGUGAGAAGAAUAAUUUUAUGAAUUAUAUCGUCAUACCGGUGUGGCCAGCAGAAAAUAUUGUUUUAAUCUUGCUCACUUUUUAAAGGAUAGUUUUAUUAUAAAUACAUAUUUAUGUAUUACAGUGGUUUUGUUGGCCGUCCUUGAAGCUUGUUCCUUAAUGUAUCUGUGCUAAAUAUUUCAAUUUGAAAUAAAUUUUAUGAAUUUUUGUUUGGUGUUCACUUGAAUAUAGCAAUUAGGUACUAUAUAUAUAUACACAAAUGUAGAUUUUAAUAUGUUUGUGCGUAUAUUAUACAUAGAUAUAUGUACUUUGAUUUUAAUAUUUCUGGUACUUUUGUUCAUGUAUAAAGUGGAAACUUAUUUAGUGAACACCAAUCAAAUCCCAAUAUUAUGUGAUAAAUAUAUUGUUUUAUUUAUGUAUUUAGAUUUUCCAUUUAGUUUUAAUUAGGCUUAGCUUGGUCCUGUUGGUUUUGGGUGCGUCUAAAAUUGAUGGUUCUUGGAUACAGAUGAUAAAACUUUCUGAUGUGGUUGGGUAAAAAUUAGGCAGAUUAAAAUACAAUGCAAAAAGAUCUCUUCUCAUAGAUUAUAUCCCACGCCUGGGCAAAAGCAUUUACUAUGUAGGGAAAAAGUUUAAAAAAUACUUUCCAUGUUGCAAGUUACCUUUAAUAUUCAGAUUAAAUUUAAUAUAACUCAAAAACUACUAUUUUUCAAGUUUAGUAGGAUUUUCACGUUUUAUCUUGUAUCCUUAAUUUAUUAAUGGUGGAUAGUUUGAACAAAAUUUUGUAUGCUAUUGAAUGCAUGGAUUUGAAUAAACUUUUGUUUCAGAA